AAUUUUUUGUUUUUAUUGUGAUGGCUUAGUUGAGGAAAGAAAUCGUUAAUGAGUGAAAGUCGGUUUGAUUAAGUGAUGUUUGUUUUGUAAUUUAAUGGGAAUUUUUUUUCUGGAUUAUAUUGCGCAUAUUUUAGAAUUUAAAUACGUAUGACACAUCCUGUUUAGCCUCACGACAUUAUUUAUGGGUGGACAUAAACUAAAUUGAAAAAAUAAUUAAGUUAUUAGUUUAUUUAUUAAGAUACAAAAGUGUAUUAGUUUAGUUUGAAGAAACUAACAAGUUUUUAAAGAGACCAAUUUCUUGAAAUUAAAAAACAUUGAAAUUGCGUAAUAUUUUCUCUAUCUUUUUUCUACGACUUCCGUCGCUCAUUUGUUCUAUUUUCACCGGCGAGGCUACAGGUGCCAGUGUCCACCACCAUGCAAUUUCGUUCUAAUUCUGUCCAGUCCAGUUUUCGAAAUAGGCCCGGCCAACUUCGACGCGCGCGGUUUUCAGUUUCAACGCAACUCGCGAUUAGCAACCAACGCGCUGUAUCCUAAAAUCCUAAAAUAAAACGCGCUGUUUACACGCAAUUUCUCAAACGCGAUUAUUAUCAACGUUGUUGGCCGAAAUGUAGUCUACGAUGUUCCGUAACGAUCAACAACCGCAACAGUGGACGGUCCACGCAGAGUUUACCAUUAAACAUGACGGUCUCGACGAUGUCUCUUCCGUUCCUGUCACGCACACUGAGCGCGAUGAAAACGGGGUCAAGAUGGUGUAUACCUGGACGUCGCAAGAUAAUCCAUCUAGUAGCAGAUCAACGGAUAGAUCAACACCGGAAGUUGUGAAGGAUCCACAACUUCCUUACGGUUUUCAAAAAGGAAAUUUAGUGUUUACGUCGACGCCACCAAAACGGCAAGUUGAUUCGUCUGGAUAUGGAAGUGAAUUACUCUCGCCGAAUUCAUCAACAUCUAGACAACAACAAAAUUAUAAUAGACGGUGUCGAAGUACGUGCAGUAUUAUACUUUCGACCGAUUUCAACGAAGCCAAACCGGAUCACCAGGAUUGUGGGAGAACUCAAAGUUUACGAUGCCAAACGCCAACCGUGCGGUCGGAAAGACGUGAUAGUUUUUAUGGAUGUGGUGAUCCUUGGUGUUACCAUGCGUGCAACGAAGAUUAUUGUCGAUUUCCGACUGUACAAGAAUGUGAUGAAUAUUCUGGAAGUUCUAAAAGACCAUCGAGAGCAAGCACUUUUAAUGUACGUUCGAAAAGUUCGCCGCCAAAAUUCGAUGCUAAAAAAGACGCUUCGGUACAAACAUACGAAAUGAUCGAUAAGUGUACUUCGCCGUUUCCUGGUUCCGAAAGAAAAUUGUCAUCCGAAUCUAACGAAUCGAAACUAAAAAGACAGAGACAACUCAACAGAAAAUCGAGUUACGGAAAUACCCGAAGGAAAACUGAACCUAUUUAUCAAAGAACCACCCCAUCGACUUUCAGCCCGGAUAGUUUGGAUAAUCAAUCGAACGUCAAACGAACAGUGAAAGCUCCCAAAGGGCAACUAUCCAAGACUUCUACACCUGACUCAAAAUCCAGCGAAAAAAAGCCGAGAACGGUUCAUAUCGACGUUUAUUGUACCGGAACCGAACUAGAAUCUAGUUCUUCGUGUAGCGAUUCAGAAACUAAUAAAACUACGUCAUCGCCACAAACGGUUUUUGAAUCGGAAAAGUUUAGGUUAACCCACAAAAGAGUGGAUAAUGACCUUCCGUUCACUUUAAGAAAAAAUGAGAGUAAAGAUUCGAAAAUUAGUACGGAUUCGUUAAAAAAAUCCGCUGGUAAAGAGGAGUCCGAUAACGAUGGUGACUCAACAGCUUAUCCCUCACAAAGAAGUUCCUAUUCCAAUAUCAAAGAUUUUAGAUCCAGCUUAUCAAGCGUCCCCCCUUCAUGGUCAACUAUGUCAAUGUCAAGUUAUGCCCUUCCUGAUGAUGAUUCCGUCGCUAACACAUCUUGGAAGGACACGUAUUCCGAUUUAGGGAGUUUAUUAGAAAGUAGAUCGAGUUUAGCGCAAACGGAAAGUUUAGAUUUCGUACCUAGAAAAUUAAUACAACGGGAAAGUAUUGAUGAAGCUCCCGAAAUAACCGGCAGAGGUAGUCUUCAACCCAGCGAUAGUUUUGAGUAUGCUAAUUCCGAAGAUAAAGCAAGAAUCAAACAGAUGGAAAGAAUGUGGGGUAAUGACGCUCCAAAUUCGGCUCAAAUCCAAAAGAAACAUCUUGUACAACAAAAGAAACUUCAAGAGUACAUGGAUAAAAGAAUGAGUAGUAAUCAAAGUAUCCCUAAAUGGAGACAAUCGAAAGAUAGCGAUUCAGGAACUGAUAGCGAUGAAAAAGGUUGGGAUGUUGAUCCGAAAAAAGUUGCGGAAACCGUGGUGAAAUGUGCCGAAAAAAAGAUACAAAGUGAUCCAUCUAGAACUCCGAGUAUUUUAGCUAUUAAACAAAAAUUAAGUUUGGAUCCAACAUUAAGUUCACCGUUUACUAUGUUUCCUGGAGUAUACACGGAUCAAAGAACCGUAGCGAGACGUUUUGGAAAUAUCGUGAAUGUUUUUAAAAAACCUGGUCACCAUAUUGGACCUGCCAAAAAUCCAGAUUGUAUGUGCGACCACUGUCGACAGUAUUUCCAAACUUAUGCGAUGAGAGGACGAGCUAGAAGUUGGGGUGACUCACAGGUUACCAUGAAUUGGAAAGAAAUGGCCAGAGCUUCAGUUCCGCGAGAUUCUGAACAUAAUCGGUUGAAUAAACCAGAUGAAGGAUACACUGACUUCUAAAAUAUUUAGGCAUUUCUAAAUGUCGUCUUUUUCUGUGCUGCUUCUUUUGUAUUUUUUUCUGUACAUUGUCGAUGUUGAAUAAAAUAAAUUUCUUUUAAGUUUCUAAA